AUGGCGCAACAAUCUCCACAGGCUGUCAUGCCUCAGGAGAUGAUGCAGCAACCGCCACCUAUAUCAGUGAAUUCGUACUACCCAGACAACCCUAACGAUUUGACUGGGGGGCUUCCAAUCAACUUGGACUCCUUACGCGAUGGUCCACCUGGAAGUAAACCAUUCUAUCCAUAUUCUACUUUGAUCAGAUAUGCUAUCAAAGGUGCUCCAAAUCAAAAGCUGUUAUUGGAGGAUAUUUACUACGCUAUUGAAUCAAGAUUUCCAUAUUUCCGCACUGCUCCCCCUGGAUGGAAGAAUUCCGUGCGGCACAACUUAUCACUGAAUCCGUGUUUCGAGAAAGUACCUCGUCCAUUGACUGACCGAGGAAAGGGCUCGUAUUGGACCGUUAAUGACAACGUUGAUCCCCGCACUGGCGUGCAUCGUGUCCGCAAGAAAAAGACAAAAGGUGGCAGGGGGCGGCCACCUCAAAUUGAGGAAGAUAUUGAUUACGCACCGCCUGGCCAAGAGGGCGCGUAUGAUCCUACAUUUGGUCAGCAAAUGCGCCCAGAUGAAGGACCCAGUGCGCAUCCCCAGGGAUAUCCUCCACCGCAUUAUGGUUUUGACCCAGCUUUCCCCCCUCCUAUGAUGCCUCCUCCACCUGGCGCAAUACGCUACCCCCCUCCUCCCCUUUUUCCACCAGAUGAGCAAUUUGAACUGGAUGAGCAUGGGAAUGUCAAUUGGCACGCCGCAUGGCUCAAGGAGCUUUCUCAGUUACAGCAGUUGACCGAAGAACAACAAAAGGCUGGCGCAGAACAGGAGUGGUAUCGCAUGAUGCUGUUCCGUGUUCGAAGUGCGAUGGUCGCGCCGCCUCUUAAUCCUGGAGAGCCCGUUGUUCAUAUUGCUGGAGGUCCUCCCCCCGGCAUGCCUCCUCCGCCUCACGGUGUUGAGGUGCCACAAGAGGAUGUGCAUUCUAUAUGA